UGUAUAUUUUUAUAUAUCGUUCUGGGUGCAAAGAAAAGGUUUCUCCUUUCUUCGUGAAUUCUAUCCCGCUGGCCUCCAAACUAUAUCUUUGUUUAAAGAGCGAAUUACAUUAGCCAUCCCAAAACCAUCAUCUUUGUUUCUUCUCUUCAUCCUUAAUAAUCCCAUGGCGACCCUCUUCUCACGCUCUCUCCCUAAAACCCUAAUUUUGGGUUCUACAUUCUCACGUUCCUUCCUUGCUGCCACCGGAGCCGCCGUAUCAGCCUCUUCUCGCUCAUCUUUCUCCCUUCUGCGCCGCCUCCGUCCCCUCGCUGCUAUAAUCGCCGCUGAUUUCGGGUUUCUCUCUUCUGCCACGAGCGUGAGGUACUUCUCUACGUCUGACGAUCCGAAACCUAAUGGCCCACCCACAUUUUCGGAUGAUGGCUGUGAUUUCAAACACUGGCUCGUUGUCAUGGAUUUGCGAGGGGCUGAACUCACGAGGGAUGAGAUGAUCAACAUCUAUAUCAAAACCCUUGCCAUGGUUGUUGGGAGUGAGGAAGAAGCUAGGAUGAAGAUGUACUCUGUUUCAACUAAAUUCUUCUUUUCAUUUGGGUGCCUUGUUUCUGAAGAACUUUCUCACAAAAUCAAAGAGCUGCCUAAGGUUCUUUGGGUCAUACCUGAUAGCUACACUGAUAUUGAAAACAAAAAUUAUGGAGGGGAGCCCUUUAUAAACGGACAAGCUGUUCCAUAUGACCCUAAGUACCAUCGGUCCUACUAUGAACGAAAUAAUAGACAGCCAUGCAUAACAUGUAAGCGGCGAUUCGGAUGAGUUGGACUUUCACAAAUUAGACUUUGGACAGUAGGAGUUAGACUAAACAGAUGUUAGACUAAACAGAUGGCAGACUUUUAAAUAUCGCAUAUUCUCAGUAGCUAAUUUUAUUUUCUUUUUCUUUUUCUUUUUGGUUUUACUAUAGCUCUUUUAAUUAUGGAAUGAAAUUUCUAUUUUAUCA